AUGGCAGAACUGCGCGAAGGAUCCAAUGUGGUUUGGUUGGAUGUGGCGGAAGAUGGGAAAAACCAUGAGCCUCAAAGAAGGAAGAGGCGACGGGUGGGCAAACUGCUGGGCUUGCAGGGAUACAGUAGCACCACCCCAGUACUGGACGGUAGCAACAACAUCACUCAACAAGUGCGAACCAUCAACAAGAACUUCUUAUACAAUGCCGUGGCUUCCUUUCUGGCUGCAAAACAUUUCAACGAACGGAGGGGUGACAUUCUUCCACAAUUGCCAGAUUUAAUCGGAGAUUGUGAUUUCUACUGGACCUUUGAGUUUCGAGAUGGACAGUGGUCAGCCUUGGAGGCAGCGAAGCAGCUGCUGCAGUCCAGUCAUAUACUUCCGUCUCAAAGCAGUACUGCUGCUACAGCAGCUUCUGAUGCUCAUGAGCAACCUACACAUUCCCAACGUCCUCCUAGUACGACAACAAACUCUCCUACCAAUAAUAGAAGGACUCCAUCGCCCAUUACACAAACUCCCCACAGGACAAAGCCACCCGGGUCUACUAGCACUGCCGAUUGGUCACAGGGGUUUAGUCACCGACCUGAAGAUCGACAGAGACAGCUACUCGGCACUGCGACAACGAGCAGCAACCUGACUGCUCACGAAGAUGCAACAAUAUUGCAAAGAGAAGUCACAGAAGCAUUGGAACCCUUUGCUGUUUAUGGGGCCUACUGGAGUCGAGUGACCAAGGUUUUGGCCAUGGUCACACAAGGACUACAAAUCCCUUACAUCACGGGUGGAUCAACCAGUGCGGAACUUAACUAUUAUCCCCUGUUCAGUCGGACGGUGCCUGACAAUGAUGCUGAUGCCCAUGCUGCCAUGAAGGUGUAUCAUGAUUUUUUCGGUGGCCAGGUGACUCAUGUGGCGUGCCUUUUCAUUCAGGAUAGCUGGGGCAUCAAUUAUCAUGCAUCACUCAGCAAAUAUGCCAAUCAGUUUGGCAUAAACUUGAUCGCCUUUGCCUAUGAGGCUGGUACUAUUGAAAGGACUAUUCUCAGUCUGAAACAGGCGGAUUAUCGCUACGUGUAUGCUAUUAUGCACGACUGGAAACAGGUACUCCGGCUUGCUCACCAGCAUGACAUUAUCGGCCAUCCAGAUUAUGUUUGGAUUGCUGCUGAAGAGAAGAAGUGGACCGGGGACGACUUUGAGUUGUCAAGGCAUGAGGAUCAAGAUUUGGCCAUGGCACUACAUGGUAUCGGAACCAUCAAUCUGUAUUUUGAUCCUGUUCCCCGGUUUGAACGUGCCAUGGAAGAAAUGGCAUGGUCAGAGUCACUGCAACAAGAGUUCAUUGAUAUUCAAAGAGGCCAUGAUGACACAGUAUUCUUUGACAACUACACAUUUCCUCAUUACGAUCCGACUGGUUUUGACUAUGGCAUUUUCGAUGCAGUGAUUGCCAUGGGCCUAGCAGCCUGCAGUAAAGAGUUGCCUUUGCCUCUUUUCACUGGUCCCGAGUUGCAACAAUCCAUACUCCAAACACAGUUUGAGGGUGUAUCGGGCAAUGUCCAAUUUGACCCAAAAACAGGAACUCGUUUGGUGGAUGGUGUCAAGUACAGUUUGGAGUAUAUCCUCCUCAGCGAUGCUCGGUCCGACAAGGAUUACUACCGAUUCCAGUCAAAUACAGUAGUUGUCAUUGGAGGAGAGGAAGAGAUUACCAACCAUCACUCAUUUGUCUUUUUUGACAAUACAACGAAUGCUCCACCGGCAUUGCCACCCUUGGUUCAUGAAGACCUCAAUCUCGUCCCCAUGGGGGCACAGUUGUUUGGCUACCUGCUGGCUAGCCUUGUGAUCCUUGGGUCCAUUGUUUGUGCCUACUGGACUCAUUCCAAAAAAGACAUUUUUGUCCUGAGGGCAGCACAACCCUUUUUCUUGAUCCAAGUGUGCCUUGGUACCCUGAUCAUGGCAAUGUCAGUGUAUCCCUGGAGUCUACCUGGAGCCAGUGAAGCCGGGGCAUCAACAAUCAGUAGCUCGAAUGGUCAUGAUGGGCAGGAUGCAGACAGUACUUGGGGCUUGGACAUGGCUUGUAUGUCAGUCUUGUGGCUUGUUUUCAUAGGCUUUGCCGUCACUUUCUCUGCCUUGACAUCAAAGAUCUGGCGGAUCAAUCAAGUCAUGUCCUUUGGCCUCAGUCUACACCGUGGGGCAUACGAGCGAAUCCCCAAUGAGGAAAAUGUGGACAAAUUUGGGCGUUCCCUCGAGUCCUUUGGGGCCUGUCGUCCAAGGAAUGACAAGUUCUACUACUUUUUGGGCACGCUACUGGUAACAAACCUGUUGGGUGUUUUGGCAGUGACCCGCGAGGCAUACAAUUCACAAAAUGUGGUACCUGCCAAUUUCAGUGAUUCUGUUAUCCUUGCUCGUGCCAUGAUGAGUAUCUUGGAGACUCUCAUGUUGGGAGGGCCCAUUGUUUUGGUGGUGGGCGACAACCCCACUGCCUUCUUCUUGGUGGGAUCCUCACUGGUAUGUGUCUGUUGCUUGACUAUUCUGUUGCUGCUCUUUGCCCCAAAAUACCGGGACCGACACAGAUCACACCGAAUGCAAUCCGUGAUCAGUGCCAUCCAAGUGAUGAGUAAUCGAAGCUUGGGCAGUGUUGCCAGUAUCAAGAGCAAUGCGAAAAGUUACCAAAGUGGGGGUGCCCAAAGCAGCCAUAGUGUACAGAGCUGCGGGAGGACUAAUGACAGCCAAAAUGUCAUUCCCAACUAUCACAAGAAUCACCACAAUGACGCCCACAGGAACAGUGGAACCUCGUCAAACCGCAGUGCACGAGGACGCAUGCAUUUGGUACGGUAG